AUGAACUUCAUAAGGGAUCUAUGGAUUGUUUUUUUUAUAUUACCUGCCGCGAAGCUUCAAGCCGUGGUACCACUUCACGAGAAAAACCCACCCUUGUACAGAGAAUUGUUCUCUAUUGAUAUGUCCACUGUCUAUCAGUGUAUGGAGCUUUGCUGGGCAUACAAGAUCUGUAAGACUCUUUCAUACUGUAAAUCAACAAGGAGGUGUUUUCUACACAACUUCCCUAUCAGUCACCGCAGUGUCAUAAGACUCCUAUCGGGUUGUGUUGUUUUGACAAGACAACGAUUACCACAGUUGAUUCAUGGUCAUUGUCAAGAUCAUGCCUGCGAUGUUGACGAGAUGUGUGUUUCAGCUCCGAUAGGAUACACUUGUGUUAAACAUGAGCUGUCCACUGUCAACUGUCCUGAAUAUCCCGCGCAGUAUCACGGCACAUGUGUCAUGCCGGUUUUCCAGAGAACAACAUGGGAUGAGGCUGAGAAUCGAUGCCAAGACGGGGCGACGUUAGUGGAAAUUUUCUCCUAUGAGUUCCAUCUUCUUGUAACUUCUCUAGCGACCUCCUCAUGCUGGAUCAAUUCUUGUGACCAACCAAAAAGAUACUGGCUUGGUCUAAGGUACUCGAUUGAGCAGUCGGCUUUCGUUUGGAACUCCUCGGGAAAGAUUCUCAGGUCAACAGACUUCCAUAUGUUCCUCGACUUUCCUUCAAACAUUACUAGUAAACUAUGCGUCGGAAUGUCUGAAAUUGUGCGAGGAAUUGGGCUUAGCUGGUCCCUACUGGAUUGUGAGGAUGAAAACUUCAUCAUGUGCCAAGACAUGUAA